AGCGGCAGUAGCUACCGCCGGGCUUCCGACUUUUAAUGUAGCCCACUUAAUCGGCAAACGCCGCUAGUGAGGCUAGAACUCUGGAACUGUGAGGUCACUGAAGCUAGGAAUACUCUUCCACUGCAAAUGAGGGAGUUCGAGAUGGUGCAAUCUCAGAACACAUCAAGCACUUCUCUGGUAUAUGCGAUAAUGAGGAUCUCUCUGCUACCUUAGCUGUGCGUCAUUUGAUAUAUUGGCCAAUAGGAUUCUCGGAGACAGCGCUAUAGUCACCUAGGGGACGAGUUGGAUGAUUCGAGUCGAAUGCAAACGUACACCGAGACGAUAAGCUCCUAACAUAUCACGUUCACACAAGUAACUACGCAAAUGCCUUCCGAUCCCCUGCCCCAAUAGACCAAUGGACGACUAUCCAGCAGGUAGCCUGGACCAUAAUGUCCCAUUCCUCAUCGUCUCCGGCCUCAGCACUGCUCCUACCAAGUCUAAUUUAAAAGACCCAGGCCUUAGAGAGCAGGCCGUUCUUGUCCGUUCAGAGAUACCGCCUGUAGAGAGUCGGGAGGCCAAGAUCAUUCUUCGAUGCAUUCAAGAGAGGGACGCUACCAAUCUUCCGUGGAAUUCCCAAGACUCUUCGAAGAGAUACAAAUUUAAGAUCAAACCUAUUGGGAGGGAAUUCCUAUUGCCACCUCGUCGCGCUCGUCUCCCCGAAAACUUCGAGGAGCCUUCAUCUCCACUUAUCCUUCACUCGCCAUUCUCUCCUCUUAGUCCAGGUUCUAGUCUAUAUCCAGAUGGUUUAAUAGAUACACGAUGGCUUCAAAAACACCAGGAGCUCGUCCCUAGUAUAUGUUUGACUUUCUAUAGUUUAACCUCUGACUCUACGCUCGCUACCCUACACGAUAACCAACUCAAGGCGGACAUAAAUGCGGUCAAGAAUGCCAUUGGCCAAUCCGGCCAUAGGUGUCGGCUUGUUGUGGUUAUACUUAGUGACCAGUCACCAAGUACCGUAGGCCAGUUUCAGGAAAGACUGGAGAACGUUAGGAGGAGCACUGGAUUGGAUCCGAAGAAUUCACUUUUCGUUCUACCUACCCAACGACCUGAGGCAGACUUAGAGAAUGCGGUCGACAGUGUUCUAACCGCGGUAUUCGAUCAAGCGACCGAAUACUAUCGUGAUCUUGGUAGACAUGCGCGUAAAAAGAAGGCAAGGGGAUAUGCGCCGCAGCCAACUAUCCCCCCUACCACCGGUACUUCUCACACCUUAUCUUUGCAAGGUUGGAAUGUUCGCUACGACUUCAAAACAGCCGUAUUUGCAGAGUUCCGCCAGGAAAUCGACACUGCCUUACGUUCUUACGAGCAAGCUUACGACACCUUACUCGGUGCCGACGUUCUCGAAACGAUUCCGGGUUGGAGUCCUAGAUUUAACGAUGCGCGGCUUUUGGCUGAUAUAAUAACUAUUCGAUCCUUGAAGUGCUUAUUAUGGACUGGCCAAAGUACUGCCGCUGUCAGGAGAUGGCAGGCACAUCAUGACAGGAUAUGUGAUCUAGUCGAUAGAAGGGGCCGAGGAACGCAGAAUUACGGGUGGAAAGCCUGGGAAGCAAUAUGGAGCACGGUUAUGGCUAACCUGAUCGAAAAAGUACAAUUUCCUGAAUUACAACCGUCUGCUAUCUUGCCGUACCGGCCGCCGGAAAAGAAUCUUUCGGCGGAGCGCCUGCAGCCAUGGGAGCUUCUUCAUCAUCAGGGCUAUUGGUAUCGAGUUGCUGCACGACACUUAUCCAGUAGACGAAGGCUGGCGUUGUCGAUACCCGAAGAUGAUCGGAAAUCUCCCGACCAGUCCUCGGCAUCUCAACUGAGAAAAGGAUAUAGUUAUGAUACUUAUAUGUGCCCAGAGCCUCACCAUGAGUAUCCGUCGGUUGGGACCGGUGUCAAUCAUAGCCAAUUGAUUCUUGAUCGCUUGAUGCUAGCACGAAAUGAAUUCCAAAAGCGACAUCAAAUUCGGACUUCAGCAGAACUAGCACUUGAGGCCGCUAGGGAGUUUGAGAGGAUGCAAAGGUGGAAGGACAUCAUGAACCUACUAGCCCCUCUGUGGAGAGAUAUGUCCUUUCGCACGGAAGGGCGGUGGGAUAUCAUGGAAGCUGUGUGUUGGAUUUUAAGGGGUGCAGCUGUGAAAGUUGGCCAAAAAGAUCUGAUUGUCGCUAUUGAUUGGGAGCUUCUAAAUAGAGGAUUUUCCAGGCGGCCAGGUUGGCAUUACGACAUAACGAAGGCGUUAGACGGCGUGGCCGUCGAUGGACAACCCCUUAUUGAUAUCAGCGACGAGCAUGUGACAUCAUUCAUACAAGCUUCUUUCGUCUUCAAGAAUGAAGAAGGAAAAGCGGGCCAGAGCUGCCCUGCUCAGCUUUCGAUUACUUCUAAUGCUUUCCCGGAUGCCAUCCCAGUGGUCUUAAGUGCAAUUCGAGUCGAGUUUGAAGGCAGUCUACGCACAAUACGACUAAAACAUGAUCCCGGGGAUAAGCAGACAUCGUCGUCUCCAAAAGUCCGGGUCACAAAGACAGCUUUAGUCGAGGCGGAGGCUACCGAUGAUGAGGAUUCCGACGAUUCUUCUGAGACGGGUUCUCAGACAACUUCGAUUAUCCUGGAGGGAAUGGACGACUUAACCGUAUUGCCAGGUCAAACGCGGGUCUUUGAAAUGGACGUCGCGCUACGUGAGCCUGGUGAUGCAAAUGCAUCUUCAAUACAGAUAUCAAUGGCUCCGAAAUCUUUCAUACUCAGAUACACAAUUGGAAUACGGGAUACCAAUUCGGUGGGUCUAUGGUAUUCUCAAUCAUCAUCCAGGAAGAAAGUUACACGGAUAAAUCCGCACAAAAUCAACGUGCUUCCAAGGCCUCCUAAGAUGGAGGUCAGGCUUGUGAAUACGCUUGAGCAGUAUUACGCAAGCGAAUCUAUCGAGCUUGAACUGGAGGUCCUUAACGAAGAAGAUGUAGAUGCGAUCACUAAAUUAGAUGUACUUUUCUCUGGACAUGACGUCCCGAGCUUUAAAGUACAGGAUCAAGACGGCGGAGAACGGCCAAGUUCGGCAGAGCCCGCAGAAUCAAAACUUGAUGGAAUACCACUUGGAACAAUACCAAGCUCUAAAUCCAUAAGAGCUAAAAUUAUCCUUGAUCCGGCCAAGGGUCCUAUCGUUUGCAACUUAUUGGUGAAAGCACGGUACCAUCUUGUGUCGGAUCCAGGAACACCGAUCAUCCAGCAAGAAACCUACCACCUAAAUAUCGUCAACCCCUUUGAGGCGAGUUACGACUUGUCUCCUAGAUUACAUUCCGAGUGGCCGAGUUAUUUUAGCAUUGAAGAUCCUCGUCACGCACCCGAAAGGGACCAACCUGCCGGCUCUUUUCGAGGAAUAGCACAGAAAUGGUCGCUUGCCACCCGUUACGCCUCCUUUGCACACGAAGACCUGGCUAUACUAGAUCUCGACGUAAAUGUCCUCUCCACGCAGGGCAACGCGCGCUGCACGACGUCCAAAACCCAGACGACGGCCGGAGACGGCGUCACGAUCAGCCCCAAGACGAUCGAGGAAGCUCAAUUCGAGCUCGUAGCCCAGAAGCAGGACCUCGACGACAGGGCACCGGCCACGGCCGACCUCGCUUUCACCAUUAAGUGGCGGCGCCUCACCUCACCGGAGAAUACCGUGAACACCACCAUCCUACCUCUCCCCCGCUUCUUCGUCACGACCUCCGAGCCCCGCGUCCUAGCCGGCGUCUCGUAUUACGCACCGCCGCCCGGCCUAUCGUCGUCCGCCGAGCAACUGCUGUUCCUAGACAUCACGAUCGAGAACCCGUCCUCGCAUUUCCUCACCUUCGGACUGAUGAUGGACCCCAGCGACGAGUUCGCGUUCUCGGGCGCGAAGACGACGACGCUGAACGUGCUGCCGGUCGCGAGGAGGACUGUCACGUAUAGGCUGUUGCCGUUGGUGAGGGGCGCGUGGAUUAGACCGACUCUGGUGGUGCGGGAUAAGUAUUUCCAGAAGGUGCUGAAGAUUAUUCCCACCGAGGGCAUGAAGGGCGAUAAGGAUGGCGUAUUGGUGUGGGUGCCGGCGGAGGAUGAGGAGGAUGGUGCGAGUGAAGACGAGGGGGGAGGAGAGGAGAGUGCGAAGUGAAAGUGCGAGUGAGGGAAUGAGUUUAGGGGGGUGAACUGACGGGGCAGAUAUGUAUUACAGAUGCUUAGGGCCGUGCUGACGGUAAGAUGGUGAGGAUAGGGAAGGAGAGGUUGUCACUUUUAGUUGUUUGAUAUAGAGGAAUUAAGGCGCACUCUUACGGUAGUCUGUGGAUAGAAAGUGAAUCCUCAUAAUGAUGACUUGCAUGUUGGAAAUCUGAUUUAACGAAAUUCUUUGACUCGUUACCUAGGUAUCUAGAAUCCUCGUCUUAAGUCAAGAGAGAUAAUCGCGUAUAGUUGUAACAUUG